UACUGUGGUUACAGGCAAGCGGCUAUACUGUAGUCUGAUUGCCGAGGCAGCUAUGGGAGACAUGGAAAAUGGAGAGAAUUCGUACGUCAUCCGGCCCAACUUCCAACACAAAUUUAGAGCAGCAACAGUAAAAGAAUGUAUCAAAUCAGUAUUGAAAGAAGAACUCGCCAACAAGCAAUACGUAGCUGAAGAGGUUCCACAGUUGACGCGUUUUUUGUCAGAGACUAUAAAGGAUAAACUUAAAGGAAUGGGAUUCGAUAGGUACAAAAUGGUGGUGCAAGCUGUGAUUGGUGAACAAAGAGGUGAAGGAGUGAAAAUGGCUGCCCGGUGUUUCUGGGAUGCCGACACUGACAGCUUUGCAGAAUAUGUCUUCACAAAUGACUAUUUGUUCUGUGUUGUGGCUGCAUUCGGCUGUUUCUAUUAUUAAUUUAAAGGGGAAAGUGCUAUCUUUGUAUUACAAGCUCAAUGUUUAUAAAUAGGAAUCAUACAAAAUAUUUAUGUACAUAAACAUUUUUAAACAGUAACAAGUAAUUAAAUAAAUAUUUAUCUAUUACACGUGU